AUGGAUCCUUUCGAAUUUUUAGAAUGCUCCAUUUGCAGUGAGGAAGUAAUAGAUUUUGCUGCAAUAUUUUCAUCUAAUAAAAAGUUUGGUGAUAAAGCAUGUAAACAUAAUUUUUGUGUUUCAUGUUUGACCUAUUUAAUGGAGUAUAAUACAAGGAAUAAGAAAGCAUUAUGUUGUCCAAUUUGUAGAGAAGAAUUUGAUGGUUUCAUUCAAAACAAAACAUCAAGUGAUUUAUUAAAACAAGCAAGAAAAUUAUCAUCUGCUCAAAUAUUUUUAAAAAAUGAAAAUAGUAAAUUAAAUGAAGAAAUUAAUUUAAUAAAAAAUGAAAGAGAAAAUGAAGCUAUACAAUAUAGAGAUAGAAUAAAACAAUUGGAAGAUAGUAAGAGUAAACAAGUUCAAGAGAGUACAAAUAUAAAGAGUCGAAUUAAAGAGAUGGAGAAUGAAAUUCAAAGUUUGGAGCAAGCAAGAUUGCUUGAUUUACAGAAUAAUCAAAGCAAAUUUGACACACAACAACAACAAAUUCUAACAUUGACUCAAAGCUAUAGAGAGUCUCAAUCAAAUUAUAAUGAUUCCAAUCUCAGAGCCAAUGAAUUGAACAACCAAAUUCAGAAACUCUACAGAGAGAUCGAAGGUUUUAAACAACACGCUCAACAACAAGAUAAUUAUAUCAAGGAUAUCGAUAGUGAGAAACAAUUGUUACAACAACAAUUGUCGACCAUUGAGCAAUCGUAUGAUCGUAAACAAUCGGAUCUAUUGAAUAACACACGUUUAAAGGAUUUGCAAAUUGCAAAGUUAUCCGAUGCAAAUCAACAAUUGGGUACAUCUUUAUCAAAGAUUGAAGCUGAAUGUGAACAUUUUAAAAAGUUAUAUAAAGAGAUUCAAGAGGAUGCCAAUGGUGGUUAUCAAAAAAAUAAAAAUUUAGAGAGCGCAAUAGCUUCCUUAAAUAUUGAAUUAAGUAGAUCCAAAUCUGUAAUUGAUUCAUUAAAUACAAAUAAACGUACAUUGGAAAAAGAAUUGGAAGAGAUGAAAUUACUCUAUCAAUUUGGUAGAGGUACUUCAAUCUCUUCUUCAAUAGCUCCACCAACAAUCAUCAAUACUGCAAAUAAAAUUACAAAUUCAUCUUAUAAUUUAAUUAAUAAUAGUAUUGGUUAUUUUAUGGGUUCCAAAAAUUAUUUAAAUGAUAUUACAAAACCAUAUAAAGGUUUUAAAAUUGAAGAAAAGAGAGGUAAUAAAACAUCACAAAUUCAUAAAGUUUCAAUUGGUAAUGGAUGUGGUCAUUUUGUAAUUAAAUUAAUACCAACUGUGAGUGGUACAAAUGUUGGUAAUAGUUAUUCAAAGUUUAUUUAUAAUAGUAUUUAUUCAAGUACUUUAGCGGAAUCAGAGAUAUUGUUAUUUAGAGAGGCAAUGUUAUUAUACAAAUUAAAUCAUAACAAUAUACUAAAGUUAGAAUCAAUUACAAAGGAUGAAAGUAGUGGUAAAUAUUAUUCAGUACUCUCACCAUUUGUGCCAAAGGAUUUAGAGUUCAUAUUGGCAGAGAAUUCUCAAAAUUUUGGUGGCCUUGGUAAAAUAUCACCAACAACUUUGACAUUCUCUGAUAUCAAAUAUAUCGUUUAUCAAUUGAUAUCGGUUGUUCACUAUUUACAUACUCAAGAUUUGGUACAUAGAGAUUUAAAACCAACCAGUAUCCUAUUGUUUGAUGAUUAUCAAAUUAAACUUUGUAGUUUUGGAAAUGCAAUUUCAGUUUUCACAAACUUUGGAAAUUCAAUCACACAACCAACUUAUUCAAAUCCUUCAUCCUAUAGUUAUCUUUCACCAGAGUACAUUUGUAGUGUUCUCGAUAAAGAAAACCAUUCAAAAUUAUCAAACGAAAUCGAUUGGAAAGCUUUUGAUAUGUGGUCAAUUGGUUGUAUAUUUUUAGAAUUAAUUUAUAAAAAAAAAUUAUUUAAUAAUUUGAAUUUAGAUAAUAAUAAUAAUAAUAAUAAUAAUAAUAAUAAUAAUAAUAAUAAUAAUAAUAAUAAUAAUAAUAAUAAUAAUAAUAAUAAUAAUAAUAAUAAUAAUAAUAAUAAUAAUAAUAAUAAUAAUAAUAAUAAUAUUGAAUCAAAUUUCAAUAAUGUAAAUAAUAGUCAACAACAACAACUUUAUUCAGUUUUAAAUAAUAUUUCAACAUAUAAAGAAUCGGCACCAAAGAAUGGUAAUUUAUACUUUAAAGAAAAUCAUAAUAUCAUUAUAAAAUCAAAGGUCGAAAGAGAUUUUAAUGGCGCAAAUUUACCAACAGAUGCCUAUAAUCUCCUUUGUGCACUUUUAUCAUUCAAUCCAACAACAAGAAUAAAGGCAAAUCAAGCUGCUUUUCAUAAAUUCUUCAAAGAUGAACCAUAUUAUAUUCAUGAUUCUGCAUCCGUUUCACCAAAUAAACUUGAAGAUUUGUCAUCUCUUCUCACUGAUAGAAAUAUUAAACAAUUUUUAAAAGAAAAAUGUUCAAAUUUAAUUCAAGUUUAA